CAAUUUCAUGCUUUCAGUGAACAGAACGGGAGGAUGGGUUGAGAGAGGUGAUGAAUGGGAUGAUUGGAGAGAUCAGACGCUACACAGACGGCUGGAGAAAAAGGGAGGCGUUCGAUGGAGCAAAGACUGGCCGUGAUUUGACAUUUUAAAUCCCUGUCUGAUGAAUAAAAUCAACGAAUUGGCUAUUUUUCUUAUUUGAACUUAAUUCAGCAUAGCGUUUCAUAUUCGGCCUUAUUUGACCAGGCGUUGAAGAUGCCGGUAGCUGGUUUGGUCUGACUAGAGGAGACUAUGGAGCCAUGAGAAUGUACCAAGUCUUUCCGCGAAAACAGAUGGGAGAUGAAACCUAUUCGACAUAAAAAUUGAUAUUUUUCCCUGUAGCUAAAAUGAGUUUAUUAUUGCCGCAGAUGUAUGCAUUUUGAUAAACUGUAGUAGGAUAGCUGCUAGAGGAAUUUUGAUGGCACUUACGACGCCAGGGAUUGAGCAACGUUACAUUUUGGAACGUUGAACAGUCGGGCCUUUCAAAGUGAGAAGCAAGAAUGAAUGUUAAGCAAUUUUCUCGCCUGAGGAUAACUGCGGUGCACGCAGCUGGUCACAUUUUGAGAGCGGUAUCAUCUUUGGAGAGUAGCGAAAUGCAAGUCAACGGAGAGGACCGCCGUGCAGAGCUGUAAUAGUAAUACCCAAAUCCGUCUAGAACCAAGUGGAUAUUUCAAGCAUUUUUUUUCGCAGACGAGAAGAUGGUGUGCUGCCAAUAUCAAUGCAAGCGGUCCCUAUUUUUCCUGCCUUUUUAAGUGUAAAAGGAGCUCGCGCUACUUUGUAAUUAAGAACCGUCAGUCAUGUAUGUGCGCCUCGGUAGCCAACGUUAGCUUAGCUGCUAUAUCCUCCGUGCUUUAGCUUCGCAUUGAGGAUGAUUGAAGAGUGCGUUUAAUUUCGCCAACGUCAACACCGAUGGUUUCGGUCAUCAUGAAUCCACCGACACGUUUGUUUGGGUGAACUUUGAACCAACACCCUAUAGCGUAGAACAGACUAGCAAGACAUGUCGGCGUGAAGGGAACCGCACUGACUAUCUAGAAUCUCCUGUCAAGCCACAGACGUCAACGGCGCUGUGAAGAGCUGCUUAUUGGAGAGGAAAAACACAUUACCUAGAUUGUUCAAUCCGCCUUUGGAGCCCUGCGCCCACGGUCUGAAUCCCUUCCCUUCGAUUUAACAACCAAGCAAAAUGGGAGAGCAGCCUAUCUUCAGUACGAGGGCCCAUGUCUUCCAGAUCGACCCCACCACCAAGAAGAACUGGGUUCCCACCAGUAAACACGCCGUCACAGUCUCCUACUUCUACGACAGCACGCGCAACGUCUACCGCAUCAUCAGCCUCGACGGCUCCAAGGCAAUCAUCAACAGCACCAUCACCCCCAACAUGACCUUCACCAAGACCUCCCAGAAGUUUGGCCAGUGGGCCGACAGCCGAGCCAACACCGUCUACGGUCUGGGCUUCUCCUCAGAGAACAACCUGCUCAAGUUCGCAGAGAAGUUUGCUGAGUUUAAAGAGGCAGCUCGGUUAGCCAAGGAGAAAUCCCAGGAGAAGAUGGAACUCACCAGCACCCCUUCUCAGGUCGCUGCAGUAAAAAAGAAAGUGCUCCCAGUACUUCCCAAAGUACCUCCCAAAGUACCUGUAAGAAAGAAGGAGUCAGCCACCGGCGACCUGCAGUCACCUUUGACCCCGGAGAGCAUCAACGGCACUGAUGACGAGAGGGGCACCACCCCCGAAACGCCGCAGUACCUCCCCGAGCCCCGUGCCGAGCCGUCUCAGAACCAACUGCCCUUCUCUCACAGUUCGUCCAGUAUAAACAAGCACUGGGAGGCGGAGCUGGCAGCCCUGAAGGGCAACAAUGCCAAGCUGACAGCAGCUCUGCUGGAGUCCACAGCCAACGUCAAACAGUGGAAACAACAACUGGCUGCUUACCAGGAGGAGGCAGAGAGACUACAUACACGCGUGACAGAGCUGGAGUGUGUGAGUGGUCAGAUGACCGUCAUCAAAUCCCAAAAGACUGAGCUCAACCAGACCAUAGAAGAACUGGAGUCAGCAUUAAAGUCCAAGGAGGAGGAACUGGAGAGGCUGAAAGAGGAAGUGGAGAGUGCCAAUGAGUUCCAGACUCAAAAGGAAUCACUAACACAGAAACUACAGGAGACGGAGGAGAGGAACCAGACGUUGGAAACUCAGCUGGCGGAGAUAGAGCAGCGUCUGGAGGGCAGUCAGCUGGAGAGAGAUGCCUUCAGGAAGAGUCUGCGCACCCUGCUGGAGCUGCUGGACGGGAAGAUCUUUGAGCUGACAGAGCUCAGAGACAGCCUGGCCAGACUCAUUGAGGGCAGCAGCAGCUAGAGGAGAGAAGUGCUACUACAGAGCCCCCUGGUGGAGCGUCAGUACUCCUACACCAUCACCACCAUUAUAACCACACAGUGACGGGAGAAUAUUGGUAGUCAGUGCACAAAGGCACUGCACGAAAAUAUUCACACUGUUGUUAUUACACAUAUAGUCAUUAUGCUACACUCUACUGAAAACAUGCACAUUGAUAGUAAAUAGAUAGACUUGCUCGCUUGGAUUUAGUUUUGGCUAAUGUUCACAACGUGCAUACAUCUGUAUACUGUAUGCACAUACACUCACUUCACAUAGGUCCUGUUGAGGCUAUGCUUACACCCUGCUACCAUCUCUUCUCCCUCCCUGUGGAAUGUUAUUUACGCUCUGACUACAAACUGCUCAAAUAUCUACACUGCAUUUGGAAAGUAUUCAGACCCCUUGACUUUUUCCACAUUUUGUUGCAUUACAGCCUUAUUCUAAAAUGCAUUGUUUUUUUCCCCGUCAUCAAUCAACACUCAAUACCCCAUAAUGACAAAGCAAAAACAGGGUUUUAGAAUUUUUUGCAAAAAACUGAAAUAUCACAUUUACAUAAGUAUUCAGCCCCUUUACUCAGUACUUUGUUGAAGCACCUUUUGGCAGCGAUUACAGCCUUUAGUCUUCUUGGGUAUGACACUACAAGCUUGGCACACCUGUAUUUGGGGAGUUUCUCCCAUUCUUCUCUGCAGAUCCUUUCAAGCUCUGUCAGGUUGGAUGAGGAGUGUCACUACACAGCUACUUUCAGGUCUCUCCAGAGAUUUUCGAGCCCGGGUUCAAGUCCAGGCUCUUGCUGGGCCACUCAAGGACAUUCAGAGAUUUGUCCCGAAACCACUCCUGCCUUGUCUUGGUUGUGUGCUUAAUGCCUUUGUCCUGUUGGAAGGUGAACCUUCGCCCCAGUCUGAGGUUGAAAGAUUAGUGGAAUCUAUGUGGGUAGCUGGACAGGUAGGAUGACUGACAGUGAAGGUGAACAGGUGGUCACGUGUCAGGUGACAGAAGAAUGGAUGAGACUGAGGCAGGAAUUCCUUUAACCAUAAAGUGGUAUAUUUACUGAGUAGUCUGUGCUGCAUAACAAAGGAAACAAAAUAACACGUAUCCAAUCAAAUUCAUAAUCACAAAGAUCAAAUCAUAACAAUCAUUCAUUAUUAACAUAAUUAGGGAAUUCAUGAAUCCAGUUAAUUAAGAAGUCAAUAGUAAUCACUUGUGAGUCAUUUAGGCUCUUAACUAUUUUGCAUAAAUCAUGAAAUAAAUACAAACAGUGAAUGGUCAUUCAAUCUAUAAUCUCCUUUAGUUUGAUAUCAAAGUCGAUCAGUUAGCAAACAAUGACAUUUCUCAUUUCAUCCUUUCAAUUGGUCUUCAUGUGUACAUGGAAUUCAUUUAAUUACAUAUUAAACAUAGAUUGCAUAAUUGGCCUAUGAGGAUCCGUAUGAUCAUUUACAAUUCACAUUACACAAUAUGUUUGAAGCGUGCGCUCCAAGCCGCGCUCCGCGAUAACAACUAUAAACAAUAACUGAUAGCCCACUCUCCCGCUCGCAACAGAUAGUUCAGAUGAAAGGUAACAGAGUCGGUGGACUUACGUUGAUUCAUGGACGCACAGAACUUCUGGAGCAGACGGAGUUAAGGAAGAGAAAGCAGCGAGAUCAGGCGAUGCCGUUUUCCUCCUUUUAUGUGGAUGAGAUCUGUCGGUCAUUGCCACCUGACCUAAUUAAAGCGCUCUGGCCCAGCUGAGUAAGUGGCCAUGAAUUAAAGGAUUAUUCCACCAACUCCAUGGGCCUUUUCUACAGAGGUCCUGAGUGCUCUGGAGCAGGUUUUCAUCAAGGAUCUCUCUACUUUGCUCCAUUCAUCUUUCUUUCGAUCCUGACCAGUCUCCCAGGUCCUGCCGCUGAAAAACAUCCCCACAGCAUGAUGCUGCCACCACCACGCUUCACCGUAGGGCUGGUGCCAGGUUUCCUCCAGACGUGACGCUUGGCAUUCAGGCCAAAGAGUUCAACCUUAGUUUCAUCAGACCAGAGAUUCUUGUUUCUCAUGGUCAGAGAGUCCUUUAGGUGCCUUUUGGCAAACUCCAAGCGGGCUGUCAUGUGCCUUUUACUGAGGAGAGUCUUCUGUCUGGCAACUCUACCAUAAAGGCCUGAUUGGUGGAGUGCUGGAGAGACGGUUGUCCUUCUAGAAGGUUCUCCCAUCUCCACAGAGGUACUGUAGAGCUCUGUCAGAGUGACCAUCGGGUUCUCCCUGACCAAGGCCCUCCUCCCCUGAUUGCUUAGUUUGGCAGGGCGACCAGCUCUAGGAAGUCUUGGGGACCUUCAAUGCAGGCACUGUAUUCUUGGGGACAUUCAAUGCAGCAGACAUUUUUUGGUACCCUUUCCCAGAUCUGUGCCUCGACACAAUCCUGUCUCGGAGCUCUACGGACAAUUCCUUUGACUUCAUGUCUUGGUUUUUGCUCUGACAUGCACUGUCAACUGUGGGACCUUAUAUAGACAGGUGUGCGCCUUUCCAAAUCAUGUCCAAUCAAUUGAAUUUGCCACAGGUGGACUCCAAUCAAGUUGUAGAAACAUCUCAAAGGUGAUAAAUGGAAACAGGAUGCACCUGAGCUCAGUUUUGAGUCUCAUAGCAAAGGGUCUGAACACUUAUGUAAAUUCUGUUUUUUAUAUUUAAUACAUUUGAAAAAAUGUAAAUCUUUUUUUCGCUUUAUUAGGAGUUAUUGUGUGUAGAUUGAUGAGGAUUUAUUUAUUUUUAAUCCAUUUUAGAAUAAGGAUGUAACGUAACAAAUUGUGGAAAAAGCCAAGGGGUCUGAAUACUUUCCAAAUGCACUGUAUUUUCAACAACAACAAAAAUGUGCGAAGUCUGGCUAGCAUUCCAUCGGAGAGGAUGUUGAAUAUGGUGGGUUAUUUUGCUUCAGGGUUUUCUUCCGUCAGACUUUGAACAGGACAAAGGAAACGCUAAUUUUCUACAAAGUUCAGUUCAGUCAUCCAGAGUCGCUCGCUGGUGGAUGUUUUGCUUGCUAUUAUUGUUUACUCUUCGCUGUCGUACGCCACACAUUCAGGUCUGUUUUUUAACUAUUCUACAUCUACUGGUUUCUUAUUCAGUUAUUACUACAGUACUACUAUUGCUCUGUUUACUAUGGAGAUAUCAAUGUCAGCCAAAAGGACAGUCAGAUCAGAUGUGGUCAUGGAAAUGGAGAUAGUCAGACUCACUUACAGCGUUUCACUGGACUCUAUGGCCGUUCGCUCUGAGGCCCCAUCUGACACUGGACUAGGACUAAGGGUCAGAGGUCAGACAGAUGACCUCCCAGUCACUUUAUUAAACGCUCCCAACGUCCUCCCUCCUAUCACAAUGUUACCAUGGAGAUUGAAGAAGAAUCUGGCAUAUUGUCCGAGAUUGAGAACAGAUCUUGGACAACGUUCUAUACUAAAUGAGCAAUACAAAGAGGGAGCAUAGAGAAGAAAAAUAAACAUGUUGAAGUCUCACUUUCAGGUAUUUUCCUCUUCUUCUGGGAAAUGUAAGGAGAGACAGAAACAACGCUACUCCAAGCCCAGAAGCUGGGGUUUGGGUCAGCAGUGACUACAAAAGUCUUUCCUUUCUAUAAACUUUUUUAUUACAAAUACUAAUAUAACAAAUUUAUAGUGCUCUUGUGAAAAUGGAAUUGUAUGUUUGGGUGAAUCCAAAACUAUAUUUCUUUUCUUUAUUUUCCCUCUACUUAUUUCUGUUGCGACUUGAAAGUGCAAUGAUUGAUUGGUUCAUGAUGUUUUCUCUUUAUUUAUUCCAGAUAUAUUAUAACCACAGAUUUUAAUGAGAAUUGUAUCAAACAAAGAUGUUUGUCACUUACUCUUGUUUUUUUUGUUUUUUAUAUGUGGGUAUCAAGGUUGUUUUGUUUUUUUAAGUAUGAGAAAAAAAGACUGGCAAUAUGUAUGAACUAUUUAAAAAGCUAAUGGAUUUAUAGUAAUUUGUGCAUAGCAGGUGAGGUUUGCAGAGAGACUUUCUUUCCUUUUGCCAAAAUAUUUUCCUGUACAGAAUGUGAAUUUUGUUGACGUUGCCUUUGGUACAAAUAUGGAUCAAUGGUAACUAACUACGGUACUUUUGUGGGGUUUACUAUUGCCAAAAAUCUGUGAUAAUGUAUUAUAACUAUAUGUAUACGUGAAGAACACUAUUUAAAGGUCAACUUUGGGCACGAAAAGUGGUCAGACUCCGCCCCUUUCUCAAACAGAAAUGGGGUGUGCCUUUGAUGUGUCAUGUGCCCCACGACCGAUUUGUUUUUGGAUGGAAGCUGUAGAGAUUGGUUAGAAAUGGCACUUCUUUAGCCAAAUAUCUUAUUCAUCCAAGUUUUUAAGCAUUGACCUGGUAUGAUGGUGCAUUGAUCAGUUUAAAGCCAUUACUUUUCUGUUUUUGCCCAACGUCGACCUUUAAGGGCUUGUUGUUGGUUCUAGUAUCUUUGGGAGACUUAAAUGGGGUGUCUGGGCUGUAUGGCGUUUCAUUUAUGAUCUGUACUUCUACAGUUUGAAAGGGGAGAAACGUUUGAGUAAUAAUUUUAAAUGUUGAUUAUGCCACAUGCUUAAACACAAUUGUAAUUUUCAGUUUAUAGUAAAAUAAAAACAAUUUAAACAAA